ACACUUAGAAACUUGGCAACUUAUCAAUUGACAUCAAGAAAAAGACCCUUUGAUAUUUUUCAAUGCAAAAAACAACUCUUUUUUUUUUAUUCUUCUUUCUUUAUGAUCAACUAGGGGACAAAUAUUCCUCUUGCUAAAAACAAAAUGUUAUCUUAGAAGAACAAAUAACACACAAAAGGAAGAAACAAAAAUUAAACUUUUCAAGUUUCAACCCAAAAAAAAAAGAAAAAUGGAAACUUUGUCAAACCCAAUCUCAAACUUACAAGUCCCAAAACCAUUCAAUCCCCACCACCACAACCACCACAAACCGACUCUUUUCUCCUCCCACCACCACCAUAACCACCACCCUUCCUCCACCGCAAAAACCACCGCCACGUCAUCAAUCACCACCUUCCAACAAAAAGACAACUUUACCCCUCUAUACUCUCAUUAUUCACCAAAAAGGACACCCUCACCACCCCCACGUGCAUCAAUCCAUCGUAGAGCCGCAAGUGGAUAUGCAGCCGCACUUUUGGACAUAUCUCAAGGAAACGGCACCGUUUUGAGGGUUGAAAAGGAUGUGAGAAGGUUAUUAAUGGUGGUUUUUAGAAGCAAUAAUAAGGAAGUUAAGGAGUUUAUGAAGGAUGAGUGGGUGGAGGAGAGAGAAAAGGGAAAAGUUGUGAAGGAGUUGGUUGAAAAGGGUAAAUUUGAGGGUAAUUUGGUAAAUUUGGUGAAGAUUUUGGUUGAUAAAAGUAAUAGUGUUUUGUUGAUUAAAGAAGUUCUUGAAGAGUUUUUGAGUGUUUUUCAUCAACUUAUCACUGUUGCUGGUGUUGCUCAUGUUCCAACUACUAGGUUGGGUAUGUGUUGAUUUUUUAUGCAGUUUUAAGGAUUGUUAGACUUCUUGUUUAAUAAUGGUUUUUGUAUUGUUUAUUCCUGCAAUUAGAAGAUUUGGUUUGAUUUGAUUGCUGCUUCAUUGUUUUGAUUAGUGAUUAAUGGAAAAACAAAAAUGAAGUUGUAUUAAUGUAUUGAAUGUUUAUGUUUUAACUUUUAAGCAUGUAGUGUAUGAAUGUAUGGGAUUUGUGUUGUGUUGAUUGAA